AGGGGGUGAGGAGGAGAGAGGAGAGGAGAGAGCCUCAACCUCUCGGCGCUCAGUGGAAUCUCUCUCGCCCGUCCGUGCCGGAGCCGCCCGAUGCGCGGCCACCGCUACAGCCGCUGCCCCCCGUCGCCUGCCGCCGCCGCCGCCGCCAUGUCUCCGCCACGGAACGUCCCCCUCCUCGGGCUGAGCCCUCGAACCCGCUGAAUCGGACAUGCACCGGCAUCGCUCGGGAUCUCUGCCGUCUCGUCCUUUCAGUCACUGAUCCGCUCCUCAAGGAACCAUGGUGAGCAGGGAGGCCAGCAAAUGCAUGCUCACCAACUCGGAGUCUGACUCCGAGACGGCGCCCUCGCUGGGACUGGAGGGGAAGUACUCCCUGGACCCCGGCAGGCAGCAGGUGAGGAAGAGGAACAAGGCCCUGCAGGUGCGAUUCAAGGACAUCUGCGACGCCCAGAACGAGCAGGCGGGCGGCAAGGGGGGCAAGCCCGUCUCGUACAAGGUGGCGUACCGCAAGUACAUGACCGUGCCCGCCCGCCGCUCCAUCCCCAACGUCACCAAGAGCACGGGCGUCCAGACGUCCCCGGACCUCAAGAAGCGCUACCAGACCUUCCCCUUCGAGCGCAAGAAGGGCCACGGGCACUCGAUGAAGCACGCGGCCGGCUCCGAGGCCUUCAAGAGCCACAACAACGGCUUGGCGGCGGAGCCCAAGGGCGCCAAGUCCGCCGAGAGCGCGGCGGGCCCCUCCCAGUGCCGGGGCAAGGCCAGCGUCAAAACGCGGGCCCUGCUCCACACCAACGAGUGCAUCGCCACCGUGGAGCACCACGCGGGGGGCAACUGCGCCGACGCCCUGCUGCUGGGCUUCCCCGACGAGGCGCAGUGCCCGCCCCCGGACGUCCCGCGCGCCCCCGACCCCGGCCCGGCCCCCGAGGCCACGCCCGGGAGCGUUUCGCGGCCGAGGGAGGCCGCCCCCGCCCCCGAGCGCUCCGCAAAGCGGCAGCUGCUGAACUUCGAGGAGUCUUCCGCCGGGACCCUGCGGGACACGGGUUCCAAGGUGACGGGCCCCAUCGCCUGGAACUCCCUGACUCAGGUGGAGUGCCUGGAGAGCCCGUCGGCGCGCGGCAAGCGCAAGAAGGGCCUGCAGCUCAACGGGCUGCAGCAGGCGCAGUCGCAGACGCUGCCGCGAGCCGGCUGCCCCGCCCAGGCGCGGUGCCACGCCCGCCCCGCGCGGCCCGCCGGGGGCGUGCCCGACUGCGCCGGGGGCGGGCCGGCCACCGCCGUUGCCGCCGAGGCCUGCCAGCAGAUAGUGCCGGUCACUCAGGACGGGGAACUUAAAGCACAGCUGCAGGUCAUGGAGAACCUGAUCAGCUCCAGUCAGGAGACCAUUAAAGUGCUUCUGGGAGUCAUUCAAGAGCUGGAGAAGGGAGAGGCCCACAGAGAAGGCCUCUCCUAUCGAACCGGACAGGACACGGCCAACUGUGACACAUGUCGGAACAGCGCAUGCAUUAUUUACAGUGUGGAGCUGGACUUCAAGCAGCAGGAGGACAAGCUGCAGCCGCUCAUGAAGAAGCUGUGCCCCACGGAGGAGCCUCAGUUCCCGCCUCUGCCUUACCCACAGGAGGCCUUCACCUCCACCCCCAAACGCAAGUCCAAAACAGAGUCCAAGAAGCACGCGCGCUGGAAACUCUGGUUCCUAUGAAACUCGCCGGGCUUUUCGGUUUUAUUCCUCGCUUUUGAACGCCGCGGGGAGCGUGCUCUCGAACAUCAAAGGGGAUCCCGAAAAUACAAAAAGAAAAAGACGUUUAUCCCGCCCCCGCCUCCCCCCCCCACGUUACCUCCCCCCGCACAUUCGGUGUGCGUCCCGGAUAUAAGACUGUGUGGUGAAAUCCCAUGAUCUUCGCCUGAAAACGAGCUAAGAGCCUUGUGAGGAAGUGCGACUUUUUUUUUUCCUUCUCCCCUCCUCUCUUUCUUUUUCACGGCUUCCAAAAGGGAUUCGACGUUAUUUUGAACUAAUUUCCAGAAGCAGGGCGUGAAAUUACACCGUGCCAACUUAUUUGCAGAUCACCAAGGUGCGAAGCAAAAUUGGAGUUACUCUUCCAUUUAUUUAUUUAUUUAUUUAUUUAUUCAAACGCAAGUCUGUGGAUGGAGAGUUAAUUAUUUAUUAAUGUUUCAGUCUCACUUUCUUUUCCUUUCUCUUUUAGUCAUGGGUUCGGGAGAUGCUUUUUUGCCAUUUUUUUUCCUCCUACAUGCUGGCCUUGGUCUGUUUUUGAGGGACCUUGUUGGAAGUAUGGGAAAUUGAGUUUGUGUCGAAUUGUGUGGAACACUGGUAUCGCCCACAAACAGAUUCAACAGCAUAUCUGCUAAUAGGCAAAGCACAAAAAAUCACUUUUAAAAUAUCUUCAGGAUGCAUUAUGCAUAGAGAAAAAAAAAAAACCACAACUGAAGACUUGACUAUUUUUUUUAGUCCAGAAUCAUACCCAGGACGACACUGGAAUUCCAUUACCUGAAAGUAUCUCCACAUACUCUUGACUUUGCAAUUAUCAACAGUA